AUGCGCAAGUUUCCACAUGUUCCACUCAUUGAUCCCCCUGUUCAAACAAUUCGCGUGAAUGAGAACGCACAAAUAAAUUGUUGGUUACCCGAGCAUCCGUACGCCACACUCAGAUGGUUCAGACUGGAUGGUGUGUUGAGCGCAGACGCUAAGGAUUCAGGUGGUGGUUCGCUAAGAAUUCCGAGAGUGAAAGUUUCUGAUGAGGGAAGUUAUGUUUGCGCAACGGAUGACCUUCAUCCUGCAAAAGUGCCUAAGGUCUUGGAGCAUUCGAAAGUGUUUGGGGUCACCAGAGAUACAAAGGUGCCCGAGAUCCGGGAAGCGUCAAAACUGCUAGUGGUUGAUCCCCUUCAUCAAACCGUACAAGCGAAUGAACGUGCACAAAUACGUUGUUGGUCAUCGAGCAGACCUUACGCUAUGCUGAGAUGGCUUAAAGAGGAUGGAAAGAUUAGUGAGAACGCGGCGGAUCAUGACGGUUUAUUGACAAUUCCUAGAGCAGCACCAUCGGAUGAGGGCGUUUAUAUUUGCUCUUCAAAUGACAUACAUCCUGGACACACCAUAUACUCUGUACCUGCAAUUUUACAUGUCGAAAGCCAGGCAGUGCUUGAAAUUGAUCGUCCCCAACAAACAGUGACUGUAAAUGAAACGGCACAAAUUCGUUGUUGGUUACCGGGUAGACCGGAUGUUCAUCUAAGCUGGCGUAGAGAAAAUGGAUAUAUCAGUGAUGGUGCCAGUGAUGUUGAUGGAUUGUUAACAAUUUCUCGAGUGCAACUCUCAGAUGAGGGCACCUACUAUUGCUUUACGGAUAAUAUUCAUUCUGGUCAAAUUGUUUAUUCACCACCUGCACUCAUUCGUGUGCAAACGCCAGCAGUGAUCGAAAUAGAUCCCCCGCUGCAAACAGUGUCAGCAAAUGAAACAGCAAAAAUACGUUGCUGGUUACCCAGCAAACCGGAUGUCCUACUGACAUGGCGUAAGGAGAAUGGCCAACUUUCCGAAAAUGCCACUGAUAAGGAUGGUGUUUUGAUGCUUCCAAACGUGAAAGAUACUGAUGAAGGCAAAUACAUUUGUUUUACGGGAGACGUUUAUCCUGGUCGUAUACUCUAUUCAGCACCUGCAACUAUUCAUGUUCACUACCCCGAUGUCCUUGAGGUUGAUCCAUUGUUACAAGAGGUGAAUUUGAAUGAAUCCGCUCAAAUACGAUGUCAGUUAGCGAAUCGACCUUAUGCCACCCUCAGAUGGCGUAGACGAGACGGAGACGUAAGUCAGCAUGCUACCGUAACAAGCGGGUUAUUGGUAGUUCCUAGAGUGAACUUUUCCGAUGCUGGCGAAUAUUUCUGCUACACGGACGAUAUUCAUCCUGGACAUCCAAUUUUCUCUGCACCUGCUGUUGUUCGUGUUAAAUAUCCUGAUGUAUUGGUGAUUGAUCCUCCUGUGCAAGCAGUCAUCACCAAUGAAACUGCUCUAAUAAAGUGCACCUUACCGGGACGGCCAUCCGCCACGGUGAGAUGGCGCAAACAGGAUGGUACGCUUAAUGAGAAUGCUACGGAUUUCGAUGGAUUAUUAACAAUUCAGCGAGUAACGCAUUCAGAUGCAGGCAUAUAUAUCUGCUUCACAAAUGAUGUUCACCCUGGUCAUACAAUGUCCUCACCACCUGCCCGGAUAAUUGUUGAAAACCCGAAAGAACCCCAAGUUGAGCCCAAAGUGCAGACAGUGACCACUGGUCAGAGUGUUGAGAUACGUUGUUGGAUUCCUGGUCGUCCUCUGAAUACACUGAGAUGGCGUAAGGAAGGUGGUGUAUUGAAUGAGAAUGCGAUUGAUGAGGACGGCAUAUUGAUGAUUCCGAAUGUGAAUAUUUCUGAUAAGGGCAGUUAUAUAUGUUAUACAAAUGAUAUUCAUCCCGGUCAUACACAUCAGUCUGAAGCUGCUCUUAUUCAUGUACAAUUUCCGAAUAUACCUCAAAUUAAUCCUCCUCAACAGACGGUAACGGUUAAUGAGACAGCUCAAAUCUAUUGUCGGUUACCGGGCCAACCUCACAUAACACUGAGAUGGCGUAAGGAAGACGGAAGUUAUAUAAAUGGUAAUGCUAUUGACGAGGAUGGUGUACUGACCAUCCCGAAUGUGAACACCUCUGAUGAAGGCAAUUAUAUAUGCUAUACCAACGAUAUACAUCCUGGACACACACAUCAAUCCGCACCUGCACGUAUUCUUGUAUAUGAUCCCGCUGUGCUUCAAAUUGAUCCGCCACAGCAGAUUGUGACGAUCAAUGAAACUGCACACAUACGUUGUUGGCUACCGGGUCGAUCAUAUGUCACAUUGAGAUGGCGUAAACAAGAUGGUGAAAUCAGUGAUAAAGCCAUCGAUGAGGAUGGUUUCUUGACGAUUCCCAAUAUUACCGCUUUCGAUGAAGGCACUUAUAUAUGCUACACAAAUGAUCUGCACCCUGGAUAUACAAUUUCUUCUUCACCUGCACUUAUUCGUGUUCACAAAUCCAUAGUGCUUCAAGUAGAACCCAUUCAACAAACAGUCAUCGUGAAUCAAACAUUUCAACUGCAUUGUUGGCUUCCCGAAAGGCCAUACGCAACACUUGGAUGGCGUAAAGAGAGUGGAGACCUGAAUGCUAAAGCCACCGAUUCAAACGGUGUCUUGACAGUCCCCGAAGCAUCACUCUCUGAUGAGGGCAAUUAUUUAUGUUGGACAGAAGAUGAGCAUCCUGGUCAUCCUGUAUACUCUGUUAUGGCGCGUGUGAAUGUUCAAAAUCCAAAGGAACCCCAAAUUGAUCCGCCUGCACAAGCAGUGAAUGUAAACGGGACAGCACAGGUACGUUGUUGGUUACCGGGUGAGCCGUAUGCCACUCUUAGGUGGUCAAAAGAAGGAGUACAGACUCCACAAGUUGAGCCAUCUGUUCAAACGGUUACUGUUAAUGAUACCGCACAAGUCUAUUGUUCACUGGAUGGUUAUCCAUACGCUACAUUGAGAUGGCGUAAAGAGGAUGGGGUGAUGAGUGAUAUUGCCGUUGAUGAGGGUGGGGUGCUAACGAUUCCGCAUGUGAAUAUUUCUGAUGAAGGCAAAUACGUGUGUUACACGAAUGACGUUCAUCCUGCUGAAAUACCUCAAGUUGACCCCCAUCAGCAGACGGUGGCAUUAAAUCAAACUGCGCAAAUAGAUUGCUUUCUACCCGGCCGACCGUAUGCAACACUGCAAUGGCGUAAAGAGGAUGGUAGUAUUAGUGACAAAGCCGUUGAUAAGGGUGGUAUAUUGACAAUUCCGAAUGUGAAUAUUUCUGAUGAAGGCACCUAUGUAUGUUUUACGGAUGAUGUUCAUCCUGGACACACAAUUUCUUCUGCACCUGCACUUGUUCACGUUCAAAUGCCCGAGGUACCUGAAAUUGAUCCCUCUCAACAAACACUGACUGUUAAUGAAACUGCGCAACUAUACUGCUGGUUACCGGGUCGACCACAUGUAACAUUGCAAUGGCGUCGACAGGGCGGUGAUUUGAAUGAUAAUGCUAUUGAUAAGGAUGGUAUAUUGACAAUUCCGAAUGUGAAAAUUUCUGAUGAAGGCACCUAUGUAUGUUUCACGGAUGAUGUUCAUCCUGGGCACACGAUUUCUUCUGCACCUGCACUUGUUCAUGUUCAAAAGCCUGAUGUGCUUUUGAUUGACCCACCCUACCAAACAGUGACCGUAGAUGAAACUGCUCAAGUACAGUGCAAUGCACCAGAUAGGCCUUACGUCACGCUUAGAUGGCGUAAGCAGGAUGGGGUUAUCAAUGAGAAUGCCACAGAUAUCGGU